AUGGGCGAUUGCCAGCCAGCUCCACGAGAACGGUCUGUUCUCAUCCUGUAUGGCUCUGAAACGGGCAAUGCGCAAGAGGUCGCCGAGGAAUUGGGUGCCCUAACGGAGCGGCUUCGUUUUGCGACGCAUGUGUCUGAAUUGAAUCGAUUUAAGCCGCAAGCACUUUUCUCAUACACGCUCACGAUAUUCGUGGCCUCGACUACUGGGCAAGGCGAUUUACCGGUCAACGCAAAAUCCUUCUGGAAGUCGCUCUUGUUGAAGAAACUUCCUCCGACAUUUCUGAAGGGUAUAAACUUUGCUUGCUUUGGAUUGGGAGAUAGCUCUUAUCCUAAGUUCAAUUGGGCAAUUCGCAAGCUCUAUAAACGACUGCUGCAGCUCGGUGCGAAUGAGAUCUAUCCAACGGGCGAAGCAGAUCAGCAGCAUCCAGAGGGACUCGAAGCUACGUUCCUACCAUGGAUGACCGAUUUCCGAAAGCAGUUGCUGGAUAGACACCCUCUACCGGACGGAGAGCACCCAAUUCCAGACGACGAGCAACUACCGCCGAAAUGGAUAUUGCAAGACAAGGAAGGAAAUGAUUCCGUCCCAGCAUCCAAGCCGGUCGAAAAUGAACAACAAACAAAAUCAGAUGAAUACCCGGGGCUACAUCACCUCGACCAUGACUUACGUCCUAUCCCACACACUAUGACAGCAACAUUAACGGAAAACCGUCGAGUCACUCCGCAAAAGCAUUGGCAGGAUGUGCGCCAUAUUACCCUUACUGUUCCAGAAUCCGUAUCCUACGUCCCCGGAGAUAUGAUUGCAAUCACGCCGAAGACCUCUCCAUCUGAUGUCCAAAUAUUCAUUGACCUGAUGGGCUGGAACGACCAGGCAGACAAACCCAUUUCUCUCGUUCCCACAGGAGAUAUCCCAUCUCCACCUCCAAUUUCCGAUCUCGACUCAUAUCCCCAUCUUACCCUCCGUGCUCUUCUAAUAGAUUACCUCGACAUCAAAGGAAUUCCUCGCAGGUCCUUCUUUUCUACCAUUGCACACUACACGACCGAUGAAAUGCACAAAGAACGGUUGUUAGAACUCACGAACCCAGAAUAUCUCGAUGAGCUAUGGGACUACACUACGCGGCCACGGCGAAGUAUCCUUGAGAUCCUGGAUGAGUUCCACACAGUCAAAAUUCCCUGGCAGCAUGCGAUCUCCGUGCUUCCAGUGAUGCGCGCACGCCAGUUUAGUAUCGCCAGUGGCGGAAGUCGCAAAAGGACCGCCGAUGGAAAAACACAAUUCGAGCUUCUCAUCGCGAUUGUUAAAUAUCAGACCGUGAUUAAGAGAAUCCGUGAGGGCGUUUGCACCAAAUACCUCUCCGUGCUCCGACCGAACAGUACGCUCAAGGUCCAACUCCAACCUGGCGGCCUCAAUUCUUCCAUACAACAACUCACAUCAGCAACUGUACUCAUCGGACCCGGUACGGGAAUUGCCCCUCUGCGCUCUAUGCUCUGGGAAAAGGCAGCACUUGUGCAAGCCUUCCGUGAGCAAAAUCCCGGCGUCAACCCUCCCAUCGGGCCAACCGUUCUGCUGUACGGCGGACGAAACCGAGAAUCAGAUUUCUUUUUUGAGAACGAUUGGACUGAACUCUGCAAGAUUAUCCCACUCCAGGUCCUCACUGCGUUCUCGCGUGACCAGCAGCGCAAGGUAUACGUGCAGGAUACUGUUCGGGAGAACUUCCCGCUCUUCUAUAGUCUUCUGCAUGAUAUGAAGGGGUCUGUUUAUAUCUGUGGAUCCUCAGGACGUAUGCCUCAGGCUGUGCGGGAGGCUCUCAUUGAAGCAUUCCAGCAUGGAGGGGCUGCAGUGCCCGGGCAGCCAUUUACUCGGGCACAAGCUGAAGAGUAUUUGAUUGGGAUGGAGCAGAAUGGAAGGUAUAAACAGGAGACGUGGUGA